GUGUCCGCGGGAAUGAGCCAUGGGCUCGGGCAUCAGCUCAGUUCCUCUCGCGCCUUUCCCCGCCUGACCGUCCCCACGCGCUCCAGCAUGUCCGGCCCGGAUGCCUCCUCCUCAGGCAGAAACCUCGCGCUCUUUUUGGGAAUAACGUGCCUGGCCAUCUUCUCCAAGACUUCAGCGGAGCUCUCAGGUUACCUGUCACGUGUGUUGAGGAAUUACACUGAAGAAGCGUGUGACGGAGACAUCCUGACUGUAAGGUGCCCACCGAGGACCACCAUCACUGUCCAAUCAGCUUUCUAUGGCAGAAGAGACUCCGCCCACUCUCUGCAGUGUCCACUCCCUUAUAAUAUUGAUGAGCCACACCCACUGAGUGAUGACAGUUCCUGUCAUGUAUCAACAGCACUGCAGAAGAUGUCAGAUGAAUGUCAGGACAGGAGGAGUUGUGAGCUGUUGGUUAACAGUCGUUUAUUUGGAACAGAUCCGUGUCCAUCCAUCAGCAAGUCCCUCACCCUACAGUACAAAUGCAGACCUAACGAGUAUAAGAGUAAGGUGGUCUGUGAAGGGGAGCGGUUGAGGCUGAGCUGUAAGAAUGGGAUGCAGAUUGCUGUGUAUUCGGUCAUGUUUGGGCGCACGCAGCAGGGAACGCUGGAGUGUCCUCCACACCACCGGAGGGCACCGUUUGUGGACUGCCAGUCAGAGGUGGCGCUACAGGUGAUGACAUCACGAUGCCAGGGGAAACGGGCAUGUGUAAUCCGUGCCUCUACACAGGUGUUUGGAGACCCCUGUUACUCCGGCACGAGGAAAUACCUUAGUGUUAUAUACACCUGUGUUCCAAAGAAGCUUUUGCAAGAGUCAGUUCAGAGACUUCCAUUUGCCCCACCCCCCUCGCAAACUCAUGACCCCAAUGUGGUGGGAGACAGCGCACCGCCUGACGGGAACCCGUCCCUGACCUCUGACCCUGCACCAGGGAAGUCUAAGCGAGGGAAGUCUGGGUCGUACUUGGAGAAGAAUCGCUUUGCAAACGGACAAAAGGAAACAGAGAGAGAGAGAGAAGAAAACAGAGAUAAAGAGAAAGAGACUAGAGAUCAGACUCCUACGGUCGCUGUCGCCACGGCGACCAGCACGGAGAUGGCCCUGAUCAGUAAUGCUCUCGCAGCCUACACCUACAUCACAGAGCACCCGGAGCGCUGUGCGCUGUAUUUCAUGUGCGGUGUGUGCGCGGGCCUGUUCCUCACGCUCUUCGCACUGGUGGUGCAGAUUUCCUGCCGGACAGACUGCAGACGGAGGCAUGCGGUCAGCAGGAAGCGCCCGCGGCCGGCCGAGUCGGAAAGCGACAGCAGUGGCUCGGACUCGGACUGGGACUCUGGCUCGGACCUGUCGGCACGACGGCACCGGCGCUUCGAGCGCACACUCAACACCAACAUCUUCACUUCCGCUGAGGAGUUGGAGCGAGCACAGAGGCUGGAGGAGAGAGAGAGGAUCAUCCGCGAGAUCUGGAUGAACGGACAGCCGGACAUACCGGGCACUCGCAGCCUCAACCGAUACUAUUAAUGUCCUCACAGCUGUGCUGCAAGCGCACACACACACUAGGGCUGCAACUGUCAGUCGAUUACGGAGUAAAGUUUGUUGUUUAUUUUGGAAGCAUCACUCUAGACACCUCCAGAAGUGUAGGGGGCGAUAGGGUUUCAUUUAAAAAGCACUCUACAUUGCUCAAAUGUUCAUAUGAUUCACACAGUCAUUCUGACAAAUUGUAAUACACAAAAGGAAGUGUAGGGGGCGAUAUUGCUCUGACUGUUUCAUUUACAAAGCAUAUUAUAAUGGUCUAUAAUAUUUAUAUGAUCCUUGCUGUCAUUUUGACAGCUCUGUUAUGUUCAUAAAGUCAUUCUAACAAAUUGUAAUACACUACAUGAAGCAUAGGGCGCGAUACGCUUCAACUGUUUAAUUUAAAAAGGCUCUAUAAUGUUCAUAGGAUCUGCGCAACCAUUCUGAUAGAUUGCAAUACCAUACAUGAACCUUAGGGGGCAUGAAUAUUGCUCCUACUGUUUCAUUUAAAAAGCACUCUAUAAUGUUCUAUAAUGUUCAUAUGAUCCGCACAGUCAUUUUGACAGAUUGUGAUACACGACAGGAACCAUAGGGGGCGAUAUGGCUCCUACUGUUUCAUUUAAAAAGCACUCUGUAAUGUUCUAUAAUGUUUAUAUAAUCCGCACAGUCAUUCUGACAGAUUGUAAUACACAACAGGAAACCAUAGGGGGCGCUACUGUAGCUCCUACUCUUUCAUUUCAAAAGCUCUCUGUAAUGCUUUAUAAUGUUCACAUGAUGCACAGGGUCCAUCUGACAGAUUGCAGUACACUACGGGAAAUGUAGAGGGCGACAUGGCUUCUGUUGUUUCACUGCAUAACAAAAGAAGAAACCGCUUGGUGCGCAGAUGGAACUUUUAACGAUGGAACCGAAGUAACCGAAGAGGACGUAAUGGUUAGAUUAGUCGAUUUAUUGAACACAGUAAUGGAUUUUACUAAUAAUCGCUAGUUGCAGCCCUAACCCUAACACCGCCCAGGCUGUGUGUUGUCCUGAUUAGCGUUGGCCAUAGCUGGGAGUUGUAGUUUUCCGAAAGGACACACAGAAGACUACAACACAGACUGUAAUGGCCUGCUAUGUGUGUGUGUGUUUGCUUGAUAUCUUACACACUUCCAGGCCUUUGCGGUGAGAAUAAGCUCCUCAGCCUGGUAAGCUUGACACUUCCACCGAGCUGAGAUCAAAGGUCAUCUACAUAUGACCACCACCACCUCUCUUCUGCUGAGGCUCAUGGGAGAUGUAGUCUGAAGACUGUAGGAUGUUUUUUUGGCAGCAAUUUGGAGUUUGAGGCAGCUCUGAAAGACAAAAUAAGCUCUAAACAGUUCCAGCACCCUGAUUGGUCCUUUCCUUCUGCCCGUCAGAACUGGAGGCGGGCUUCUGCAAGGCAAGACCAAGGACACUGGCCGGGUCUAAGGACUAUUCAUAAAUAUGACCCUGGUCAAGUGGUGCUGUCUUUGAACGUUACCUGAAAAAAAAAGAAGAGAGAAAAUAUAUAUAUGAACAAAAAAUGCUUGGAAUUCAUCUCAGCCCUUAUAAAAUAUAUUUUGAAUAUUUAAUAGUUUUUUUUCCUAUUGUUGUUUUGUUUUGUUCUUUUCCUGAAUUAUUAUGAAAUAUUUUUAUACUGUGGCAGCGUUCAUGUGAUAGCUCAGGGAUGUAAUCCGAGUGUUUCUGUGUCAAAUGGUACUAUUUUGUAUUCCUAAAAACGGGAUGUACUUUGCUGAAAAAGUGUCUGCAGGAAAUAUCCAGAAGUGUAAACCUCAAAGAGGUUGAGGCCUAGCGUUUUUACAUUUGCAUAGGCUUUAUUAUGCAUAGAAGCUGAGUGCCUUAUAACAUUGGAGAUAUAGCAUAGUAGAACUGCUUGUGUUGAAUGAACUCUUACCAUGUCCAGUUAAUUCAGUUUGGUAAGAGUUAAAAGAGAAUUCCACUGAUUUUUUUGCAAAUGUCUGCAUAGUAAAUUUGUUGAGACUGAAUUACUUAAACAAAGUCAUUCAGAGUGGUUUGAUAGACUCAGACAUCCUACUUUGGUGGUGGUAGGAACCAGGGGUUAUGAUGUCUACAACACAAAUAUAGGCAUUUUAUUUAUUAAUCCAAAAUGUCCAAAAUUAGUUUUUGUAAAAUGUUAAUAAUGGUGCUAAAUUUCAACUAUUAAACUAUAAACUAUUAUUACUACUAUUAUUAACUAUUAUAACUAUUAUAAAAUAAUGUCUCUGGCAGCGUUUUCAUAAUCAAUUUGUAUAACAGCUUUCUGUGAUGCAGCUUUGGUAGCUAUUAAACUCUUCAGACGUCUGGUUCCUAUCACUACCACUGUGAACAAUUCUGACUCUGUACGUUUCUUUAAAACAGAGCUCUUCACAUCAAACCACUCUGAAUGACUUUGUUUACAUCUCCACCAUUAAAUAAUGCAGAAAUGUAAAAAUAUUCAAUGGAAUUCACCUUUAAUUCCUCACUGGUGGUUUUACUGUGUAUGAUACAAUAUAGAUGCAAUGAGUCAAUCAGUGAUUUAUUUAUUGAUUGAUCAAACUAUGCUAAUGCAAUCUUUGUUACAGUUCCCUUGCCUUCUUAUUUGUUAUAAACUGUUCUGGCCAUGUAACACGGAACAUGGCGUGCAUCAUUGUAUCUGACAGGUGUAUAUACAUUAGGCUAUAUAGGUUUGAGUAUCUAUUCUCUUAAGUUUAUCUACAGUCAAAGCUUCCCAGUGGAUUUUUUGUCCAUGAGAGAAGAGAAACAGAACCGAAAAGGGUUAGAAAUAAUCACCAACAAGCACUAGUGAAGUUAUUCGUCACAAAUUGGACCUCCUUCUGCUCUGGGGCUCCACUGGGACGCUUAAGAAUUUCAGUUUCCCUGUAUUAAAAGCACAGAGAUGAAGUAGCCCAGAUUUUUCCUUGCCCUUGUCCUGGUUUGCUGUAGGUUUUUUCUGCUUUGACCUGAAUUCCGGACUUGAUUUUCAUAGGAAAAAGUGUCUGGGAUGUUCUAAGACCAUGAAAUGAAAUUCUAGGACCAUAAAAGCUGUUUUUGUACUCUUACUUGCUCUAUUUGCAACCACUGCCUUACCUGCUUUAACCAAAUUUUAACCUGUGCUUGGAAUAAAUUUCAAAUGAACUAUAAAA